GUUUUCUACCAGGUGCGAGAACCGGAAAUGGCGGAAAUUUUGAACACAGAUUUGCUUACAUUUUCAUUGUUUUGUUGAUUUUAUUAUGUUUAUUUAGUUGGAAACAAAAAUAAAAAACAUAGUACUGAAUUGUUGGUCAAUCUCUCAUCAUGGAAGACAACAGAUUAGAAAAUUGUGAUGAGUUUGAUGAAGCCUUCCCGAUGAAGACUGGUUUUUGUCAACUGAUAACUAAAGAGCAGUUUGAAGAUCAAGCACAGACAGAAACAGAAAAGGCUCUACAGCAAUUGAUGGAACAUUUAGACACAAAUCCUGAACUGAUCAAAGAAUUGUUGAAGAAAAGAAAGAGAGAAGAUGAAGAAGAGGGUGGAUUCAUGUCUUAUAUGAAACUAAAGAUGUUAAGCAUGAUGGGUAGAGAUAUAGAUGCUAGAUAUACAGUAUCAGAGAAUGAAUGUGAAGAGAAAAUUAGUCAACUGAAGGAUGGAAUGUCCAAAGCAUUCAUGUAUUCAUUAGGGGCUUAUUGCCCCUGCUCCUUUCUUACAGAGUCUAAAGGAAGAAGAUAUUCAAAGAGGUUGGCUGCCAAAAAACACCAAAAAUCUUCAUCAAGCGAUGAAAAUAUUGCUCCAUCAAUUCCUGUUGCUCCACCUCUACCUCCUCCACCAGGGUCAAAGGUUGAAAAGGUCACCAGAAAGACAAGUCAGUCAGAACAUGAAAAGUUCACUCCGACAAAACUGAGAACUCCAUUGAAAGAUAGAAAUCAGAUAGACACACCUCAAAGCUUAAGGGUGAGGAAAGAAGACAACAAAAGAGGGUCCAUAGCAUCCAUGGGUACAUGGCAGUCAAUUGGAUCACUAAGUAGUCUUCAUGAGGAACUCCUGUCCAUUAAUCCAAACAAAUUGUUGAGACCUAGUAUACAUCCAAGGUCACCAGGUGGCACUCCUAAAAAGAAGCCAAGAUCAAGAGGAAGUCCCUCUAGUACAUGUAAUGGUUACAGUACAGCAACCCCUCUAUACAAAGCAUUAAUCAAUGGUAUGCAUCAGAAAUUUAGAAAUGUCCGGUCACCAAGUCCAGCAGUGUAUGAUAGUGACAUGUCUGAAGGUUUUACUCCAUGAUGUGUUGUAAAUGUUGAAGUAUUUGGUGGAAUUGAA